AUGCCCUCUCAAAAUCGUCUCGCUGCUAUGGUCUGCAAAAUCUUUUAUCCACUUACUCAAUGGUCUUUUUUAUCUGAUGCUGGUUUGAGUUGCUUUUUUUGUUGUUUUGCGGGUCGUCGUCGGGACUCAAACAAAACGACAGUUGAUUUCCACUCCCCUCCUAGGUCCACAGUCACUGCACCUCCAACUAGUAAUUCAAAGCAAUCAUCAUCUGCAAGGUUCAAGACCCCUCCACCUGUCGUCCAGACUCAGGCCUCUGCAGAGUCAUCAGAUAACACCACCUCAACUAUAGCUCCGGUCAUCUUAACUACCAUGGCAGCCACAGUUUCCUCUCCCUUGCCUCCUGGUUUGCUAGCUAGCAACAGACGUGUCUCGGGUCUCAUGGACAGCGAUGUCCUCUCAAACAAUGGCGUCGCCCGUUCCGUCACUUCCCGUAGGGUGUCCUCCAGGAAGUUCAAGACUGUCGAGACAUCAGAAGUAUCCAGUUUGGUGCACUCCCUCAAACGUCGAAGUGGCGACGAGAUCGGCGCUGGUGCAUCGUCGAAGCUGUUGAACCAUACACAUGACUCUGUCUUGGACUGGAUCCGUUCCCAGCGGAUGAGCCUGCUCCCCCCUGAAGGGAGUAGCUACGACAAGGUGCUAUCAUGGGCGCAGCUUUUUGUCGAGAGGCUGCACUCUUUCGACGAGGCGAUUGAGGAGUUUGCCGGUGACAGCUAUUUAGCGGCGCGGUUGGCUUAUGGCUAUUGUGCUUUGUUACUCGAGCUAGGGCAGGAAAAUGCGUCUGCGCUCAUGAUUUCCUUUGGCUUCUUCUACGGCACUUCGAUGAAGCUUGGCAAUCUACUUGAGCGGACGGAGCUGUUCAGCGUCUCCCAAGAAAUUCGAGAGCAGCUGGUUCUCGCUCUUGCGGACUUGGUCACCCUGGUCGCCAGUGUGUCCAUGCACUUUCACAAGGCGAUCCUCGGCCUGACCACGGCAUCGAUCUCCAUCGACCUUUACAAGACCUUCCCUGGUCAGAUUCAGACAUUCCGUGACCGAUGCGAGAAGAUUUCCGAGGCCAUGUGGCGUCAUCAAGUCCUGAGGGAGAACUUGGACCUCGAAAAAGUGUCUGAUCCGAAGGCAAUCAAGCUAUGGCUGAGCCCCGAAGAUCGUGUUCUCGGUAAUGUCGCGGAGCAAAGCUCCCAUCUGGCCCAUGACCGGGAGGAAAUGACCUGUCUUUGGAUGGCACCUUACUUGGCACGCUUUUUGAAGAGUCCGCUCAAAACUCUUGCUAUCGCUGGCAAGCCUGGUUCCGGACGAACCGUUUUGGCCUCGGUAAUUGUCGAUCACCUGCAGCACACGAUUGGGGGCAUUUCCUACGCCACAUUGUUCAUUCCAAUCAAUGCAAGAGUUCCAGCAGAGGCUACACCGCGUGCGGUAGCCAGAAGCAUCCUGUACCAGCUUUUCGAUAAGCGCAUCGGAAAUGUGCAGUUGUUGCAGAUCCUGAGUGUCGCUCACGACCGCAGCAAGAAGGCCACUAAUGAGCAGGAUUAUGACAGUCUUCUGUGGAAUGCUUUGGAGGCGGCACUCAGCGUCGCUCUGCCUGGUGCCAAAGAGCUUGUCAUUGUCGUUGAUGGCGUCGACGAAGCAUCCUGCAGUGAAACCGCCAUGCUCAAUCAGCUGACCACAGCCACUGCUAAGGGGAAUAACGUGAAAUUGAUCACCCUGGGUGCACUCAAGCCUCCCACUGCGGCAGGUCAAGCCUUUGUCCAGAUCACCGAGGAACUCAUCUUCGAUGAUAUCGCCGCCGUUGUACGGGAUCAGUUACAGCAGAGUCGUGUCUUCUUGGACAUGUCUGAGCUGGAUCAGGAAACCAUCGUUGGCCGGAUCACGGAAGCAUCCCAAGGCUCGUUCCUGUGGGGGAAGCUCGCCACAAAGCGGGUUCGCUACGAGGAGACUGAGGAAAGCCUCCACAAGGCCGUGGAUGCCCUGUUGAGUGCCAAGCUUACUCUUGCCGACUUUGUCGACCAACUUUUGCAAGGACCCAACGUCUCUGAAGAUGCAAAGCACAUGUUGCUCUGGCUUGUUACAGCCGAUCGGCCGCUUCUAUUGAAGGAACUCGAGCUUUUGGCUUCCAUACAGCUCGACAAGCUCGCGGUGGCGGAGCGUAAGCUCGACGUACUGCAAGUCUUGAAACCACUCAAUGGUCUGGUAUUCGUGCAAGAUGGCCAGGUUUUUAUUCGUCACGGUCUCGUCAGAACCUCCCUCCUGGAUAUUUUUAGCAAGGGCAAACUAGUUUCGACCGUCAAAGACCGUCACGCUGAUCUCGUGACUCGCCUGUUGAUUUACAUCCGGGCAACGGUGACGCAGGAGAAUGAACUCUCCCUUGUAUCGCUGGACUGGCACGAUACCGACCGCCUCGUCAACAGGAAUCCCCUGCUCGAAUUCGCCGUCCGCUACUGGGUGCACCAUGUUCGGCAAACCUCGGCGUUCACAGCCAAAGGUGAGGUUGCAGCAGCGAAGGAGUUCGCCAAGGUGCUACCAACUUCGGUCACGACCCUGCGACUUGAGAGCACGCUGUGGGAAAAUGCACCUACACCCACGCUGCUGCUCUACUUGACCACUGUCACCAACAUCUACCGCCAGAUGCUGUCGACGAAUCAUGUUGUGACUCUUCAGUCCAUUAUCUUCUUGGCUCUUUUGAACCAGCGGCUGGAAUGUAUCUCUGAGGCCAUUCCUCUGUUCUAUGAAGCUGCCACGCUGAGCCGCACGCGUCUGACUUCACGCCAUAUCGUGACAAUGCAGAUGGCUAGGACCUUCGUGGAGCUGACCGAGCAGAGAACCACAAGCACCAAGACCGAGAUUAUGGUCAAGAGAGAAGAGGUCUUGGUGCUGUUGGUUGAGUGCUACAAGCGUCACUAUGGAGAGGAUUCUGAAACUGUGGUCACACUUCUCAGGCAAUUGAUCGAGCACUACCGCCUGAUUAAGGAAGAGGAGAAGGUUCAAGAGAUACUCGCUUCAAUUGAGUCCUUUACCACGCACCAUCAUCGUCAUGGUUCCAGUGGUGCUAACGGGGAGCUGGAGAUUCGUCUCAAGGGCCUCAAGGGCACUAACGGGCUAAUUGGUACCGGGUUGUCGCUGGACUAUGAAGAAGGCGACGAACUCAUCCAAGAAUCCGAGUCGUACGACGUUGAGGAAUGGAUUAAAAAGGCCGAGAUCUACGUGGCCGAAUGCAAGGUCGAACUUGCUGAGCGUACAUACGUCGAGAUCUGGCAACGAGUGAGCAGAGAGUACCGCACUCAUUACUCUGCGUACUGGGAGGAGCGGAAGAUGGCCACUGUGUUGGCAUACUCCAGGUUCCUUGUGUCUCAGAAGAGACAGUACGAGGCCUCCUCUGUGUUGUCAAGUCUGUGGCAAGAGUAUGAGCAGGCAAGCAUCUCGAUCUCCGAAACUUCCGUGUCCUACUUCCAGGAAAUCGCCAAGAUGAUGAAGGUCGUUGGCAUCUCCGAGGUGGCACUCUCGGUCUACAAACGCUGCUCCAGAUACUAUGAGAGCGUCAAUUCAACCCACAGCUCCACGUAUAAGGAGAUACAGGAGAGCAUCCGGACUACCUCGAAGGAGGUUGUCAAGUCCUUCAGUUCUUCGAGCACGGUCAUAUCAGAGACGACCAUCGAGGAGGUCUUUUACGACGGCUCCACCGAGACCAUUGAGGAGUCUUCGUUCACAGCUAUGCAUCAGUAUAUUGAACUGUAUAUUUCGCAGCAUCGCUGGCAAGACGCCACGCGCGUGCUCAAGAAGAUCCUACGUCUUGUCUGGCCUUCUCUCUUUGCGCCAUCGGUGCAGGAUGUCACCCUUCCCGAGAAGCAUGUCGAGCAUUGCGUUGAACUUGCUGCCCGUCUCGGUUUGUGCUAUCAUUCUCGGCGUCGCUUGAGCAAGGAGGAGGACAUCCGCCUGAGGGUGUACCGAGCAGCCCGUGCCGAGAGGAAGGUGGAAGACAGGCUGCGUGAGCGCGCUACCACCGAAUUGCUUCGUUUCUUCGAGCAUACCUCGCAGACGGAGAUGAUUAUCAACCUUCGACAGGAGAUGUUGAGCGAUUAUAUCGAAGCCUACGGGGCUGAGCAUGAGCGUGUAAUCAAGACUCUCUGGGUCCUGGCCGAGCUAACGCGUCCUCGUCCGAUUUUCAUCGAAUACUACCAGCAAAUAAUCCGAGCGUUGAACAAGGACUCCCCGGCCUGCCAUACAGAUGCCAUUGAGCCGAUGGUCAUUGUCGCCACUGAGCUGUGGAAUCAAGGGCGCUAUCUGGACGCCUUGGCCUACUACAAGAUCAUUUUCAAUACGUUCCUGACCCAGCCCAAGCUCGGUUUCAAGUUCCAGGUCCAGGAGUUUGUGCAGGAGCUUUUCGAGCGCUACACACGCUGCUUGCGCAGUGUCCACGCAGAGUUCACUGUGCUACACAAGGUCACGGUCGAAUACCGAGCUCGGUGUACGGCAGUUUUUGGUGUGACUGCAUCGAUUACCAUCCGAGCGACCCUGAGUCUUGCAAAACUCUGUCAGGAGUCUAAGCGCUUUGAGUCUGAAGCUAUCACUCUCUAUGAAGAGCUUCUCAAGAUCGAAUCCACGGAGAUAGACAGGGAAGAAAUCUCCGCGACGCUGGAUGGUCUCGUUGAGGAACAAGCAGAGGCUACUAGCUCUUCCACUCACAGUGAACGGACUUUCAAGGUCAUGCGGAAGCGCAUCACCACCGUGCGUGAGACACACGGCUGGGCUCAUGAGGAAUCUCUGACUCGGAUGAAAGAGAUGAUCACUAUCUACACGGAGCGGAAGGAGACUGAAACUGUGGUGCGCGAGCUCACCGAGGCGACCGUGCAUAUCCUGAUGUCCGAAACGUCUUCCACUCGCUUGAUCGCUGCGGCCAGCACCAUCGCGUCCUGCUAUAUUGCAGCGGGUCAGAUCCAAAAAGCGGUCGAGCUGUCGCACGAGAUCUAUCGGCAGAUUGUGAUGAAAGAAGUCGUCAACGUCGAGACUGUCCAGUUUGACCUCUCCUCCAAGGAGCGCAAGAGCCUCACGUUCUUGGCGCAGCUCGAGUAUAUCCUUCGGCGCAACACUUCGGUCACGGUGACGGAGAUCCUUGCCGCGUUGACCACCGAGUAUGUCUACUUUGAGGAGUUCCGGAGACUGAUCACGUCCAAGAGCAGCACCAUCCAGACGGCCACCGCGUCUGCUGCUCGACUGUACCACUUCCUGGUUGCUAAUGACCGGCAAGCUGCAGCCGCCCGGGUCUUUGAUGAUUUCCUCGGCUAUUUCGCCGCCACGGAGGGCAAGCGCGUGGACCUGACCGAGACCUCGCGGGUGAAGAUCCUGGUCAUUACUAUUUUGGACCACUUCAGUUCCCAUCAUUCGCACGACUUUGUCCGCUCCAUUGGCAUUGCAAGCAUCCAUCGGGUCACGGAACUUCUCAAGGACCAACGCUACGAAGCGGCUUGCGAUCUGGCGCUGGUCAGCCUCAAAUACCUAUCGGCUCAUGAUGUCUACCGGAGUGCUGCUAUCGUCAAGUUUGCCUUUGUCUUGGGUAUGACCAUUUCUGGGCGCGAUGUCGUACCUCGCCCCGAUGACGCCAUUCGCAAGAAGCUCCUGGGUGUGUCCGCUGUCAUCAUCCAGGACGCACUCCGCGUCAUCGAUGGACUCAAGAUCGACCUGUCGCAGAUCGGCCUCCACCACCUGAACAAUCUCAUCGGCCUCCUGGGCGAGCAGCAAGACUACCAAACUCUCGCUUGGCUCCUGAACAAACUCUGGAACAGCCGCGAAGCUCAGCGUACCUGGAAGCCAUAUGUCACACUUGCGCUGGGCCGCCGCCUCGUCCUGGCCCGCUACCUCGUCGGCGACUCGAUGGCCGCGCUGCGCUUGGCCGAGGACAUUGUGUACAAUUGCCGCCGCGUGCACGGUGCCUGCCACCCCGCUACACUGGAUACCUCUGUCCUUUUGUCCCAGCUGUAUAUUGGCGUCGGCCUGCGGUACCAGUCCCACAAGAACGGACAGGAGAUGGCCAACCGGUACUACAAGAAGAGCGCGGCGCUGCACGAGAACCUGCUCCGCAUCUUCAGCGACCCCUCGUUUGCCGAACUGGAGUGCGGUCUCGACAACAGCAUGAGCCUGGAUGGCUCCACGUACGACCUCGAUUUUGGCGAGCCGGUUGGCCACGUCCCGGACGGCGAACGUGUGCGUCGGCACCUGUAUCUGCUGAAACUCGCUGUGCAGCGGUUGGGUGAUUGGCCCAAGGACUACAGCGAGUAUGAGCGGCUGAACGCGGACCUCUUCCGGGAGUUUCCGACUGAUCUAAAGGGCGUGGAUGGAGUGGAGAAGUGGGAUCUGACGGCGUUUGGGGCGGGCAAGGCGGAAGGAAAUGCAGAUAUGUUGGAGACUGAGUUUACGGGGUGGGAGUUUUUGGAAGCUCCAGCGCCAGUGGAGUAA